AAGCCCGGGUCCUGGGUGCGCCAGGCGUUCCCCACGCGGGUGGCGGGCUGCCCGUUCCCAGGCCCACCCGGCGGCGGCUCUCCGUGGGGCUCCGCGUGGAACCCGCUCCUGCCCGGCAUGAACCGCUACCUCCUGCCGCUGUCCGUGCUGGGCACGGUGGCGGGGGGCGCGGUGCUGCUCCGAGACUACGUUGCCGGAGGGUCCUGUCCCAGCAAGGCCACCAUUCCUGGGAAGACUGUCAUUGUGACCGGCGCCAACACGGGCAUCGGGAAGCAGACCGCCUUGGAGCUGGCCAAAAGAGGAGGCAACGUCAUUCUGGCCUGUCGGGACAUGGAGAAGUGUGAGGCUGCAGCAAAGGACAUCCGCCGGGAGACCCUUAAUCACCACGUCAACGCCCGGCACCUGGACUUGGCCUCCCUCAAGUCCGUCCGAGAGUUUGCGGCGAAGAUCAUUGAAGAGGAGGAGCACGUGCACAUCCUGGUCAACAACGCGGCCGUGAUGCGGUGCCCCCACUGGACCACCGAGGACGGCUUUGAGAUGCAGUUUGGCGUUAACCACCUGGGUCACUUUCUUCUGACAAACCUGCUGCUCGACAAGCUGAAAGCCUCGGCCCCCUCACGGGUCAUCAACCUCUCGUCCCUGGCGCACGUCGCGGGGCACAUAGACUUCGAGGACUUGAACUGGGAGAAGAGGAAGUACGACACCAAAGCGGCUUACUGCCAGAGCAAGCUGGCCGUCCUCCUGUUCACCAAGGAGCUGAGCCGGCGGCUGCAGGGCACGGGCGUGACUGCCAAUGCUCUGCACCCCGGCGUGGCCAGGACGGAGCUGGGCAGACACACAGGCAUGCACAGCUCUGCCUUCUCCAGCUUCACCCUCGGGCCCAUCUUCUGGCUGCUGGUCAAGAGCCCCCAGCUGGCAGCCCAGCCCAGCGCGUACCUGGCCGUGGCAGAGGAACUGGAGGGCGUUUCUGGAAAGUACUUCGAUGGACUCAAAGAGAAGGCUCCAGCCCCUGAAGCUGAGGAUGAGGAGGUAGCCCGGAGGCUUUGGGCUGAAAGUGCCCGCCUGGUGGGCCUGGAGAUGUCCCGUGGCUCCUCUGUGAGGGGACAGCCGCUCCCCGAAUAGCUUCUGGGAGCAGGUGUGAAAAUCACGGGAGAGGCUGAAUUCCCAGGAUGCCGCAUCCAGACCAAGGCUGGCUGCUCUGUCUGCAGCACCCUCUAGGUGGCAGUGUUGGCCAAGGAAUUCUGGCUGCCGAACCUACGUCACCCUCUAGGUGGCGCUGUUGGUCAAGGAAUGUUGACUGCCAUGUCCUCGUCACCCUCUAGGUGUAGCAUGGACACCACAGGAGCCCUAAGGCCCACGAGUGCUGGUGCUCCUGCCCGCAGCACCCCCUAGAAGGCGUUAUCGCUCCAGGAACGCUGGCUGCUAUGCCCACACCAUCCGGAAGGGGUCACUAGUGGCUCGUCUCUCUUCUCAAGCACAGCAGACCCGGCUGCAGGUGCACACCUGGCCCACUGGCCGGCAGGUGCGCGGGGCCACCUGCCUUGUGCAUGUCACUGGUAACUGCUGAGGGAGGAGUCCGCUCCUUCUGGUGUGGCCGUGGCAGGAGAGCCCGUGGUGUCCACGGUGCAGAACUGUGUGGCCAAUGGAAAAGCGGUCAGCCAGCAGGGUCAAGUUCAUGGUUCCCCAUGGGACCACACACACCCUCAGCACCUCUCUGAGCCUCGGUUUCUCCCACUGUAGAAUGUGCAGAAUAACUUGACGGCCUCACAGGAUGGUACAGUGGUGAAGGGUUCUCACCCAGCUCGGUGAAUGGCAGCUGUGCAUUCCUUGCUGGCACCACAAAGCUCAGUAAUCAAGAUCCAGAUACGUUAUAAAAAAAAAAAAAAGUAAGAAAAGGUGACAGUCGAGGUACUCGGG